AUGGGCAUAGCUGCUGAAGUCCUCGCGCAACAACUGUAUCACUACGGUCAUGGCCGUGCACUCUGGACGCCGGAGCCCGCAGACGGCGAUGUAUACAUUGGCGACGUGGGAUAUGUCGACGAGGACGGUGCUUUCCAACGCCUGUUUAAUGUGACCGUCGAUGCGGAUCAUCCCCUCAACCGUGCUGGCGUACCAGAAAACUUUGUGCCACUACGCUUCAAUAAGCGGCUGCUGCAGCUCAAGCCCAGCUACAUCAGUCCCAUGCCGUUCUGCAGCAAGAGCGUGAAGAGCCACAAACUCGAUGGACACGCCGGAGCUCAAGUUGGGCCCGCCGGGGCGAAGCUUGCCUACAGCUACGAGUGCACGAGUUCGCAGGGUGGGUUGCUUGUCAUACGCGACCAUGCCGACAAGACGAUUGUGCAGCCUGCGACGGAUAUCGUACAGUAUAUCCGCCAGAACCAUGACGCCUGGUUCGGGUUCGCGACGAAGCCGGGGACGUAUGGCCUCAUGUGCAAGCCCGAGGAUAUAAUCAUGGUCCGUGGUACGGUGAAAACGAGCGCGUGGACCGUCGCCGCGUUCCAAGAGGCCGGGACGCAUGUUAACGACAUUGAGCUCAGCGCACAGGCCGGGUCUAUCGCAGAUGUGGGUCUCCAGGGCUCAUCAUCUGUCAGCGUGUACAACAGCAUCGAGCAUCGCACGGGCCCGCAAAGGCCUUCUGCGUCGCGUCCGGCGUCGCUCAAGCCCGUGACAUCCGGGACGCCCUCACAGCAUGGCAAGUACGACCUGCCCGAGCUCGAAGUAGCAGCAGAAAUGUCGAAAGAAACAGAGCCCGAGAAUAAAAGGAACCAGACGGUUUUCCUUGGCUGCUACAAGGUCAAGCGCCGUUUCCUCCUACCGAAGAAGAUCGUCGCGGGUGCCGGCCCUGAUGAAUUGCCGCCUGGAGAAGACCCUGCACAUCCACCCGCAGUGGCGGCGGCGGAUGAGUUGGCUGUCGAGAUCGACCAACCCGUUAGUGGAGUAUGUGAAUACGUAUCUUGGAUGUCGUUCAAUCCGACUAACAUACUACGCUAG